AUGAAGGGUCCCUUCUUCGUGCCUGCACGCAACAUCCACCAUCGCCAUGCCGCACUAGCUCUCUACCGCGCCCUCCUGCGCACGGCGCACAGGGUAGAGCUGCCCGCCGAUCUCAAGCCUCGGGAGAAGAAGCUCCGCGCGCGACUGUUGCCCAAGCCACAUGUACCAAAUGGCGAGGGUUCCGACGAGGUUCGCGGACCAGCUGGAGGUGCACGGAAACAUGGACAUCCCUUUGCCGCGCAGAUUCAUGCGCAUCCGGCGCAACGACCGAAUCACUGGCAUCCCGUCGGGAAACAAGUGAGGAAGAGGUUCCUAGCUGAUAGACACUACACAAGUCUGCGAUUGGUGUACUCGUCCAUGGCGACAGGCUACAAGUUUCUAUCAAUGUUCUCGAAAGCAGCUUCUUCGGACUCAAAGGAAUAUGGCGAGCUUGUUGCGUUCAUGCGCGACCUUGCCUCACAACGCGCCGAACAGCGAGCACGCGACAAUCAACGAACCGGACCGACAGCGCCUGAUACUGCAACCUCGCCGUCUUCAUCGGGGCAGACCAACGAGAAGAGAAACUCGCCAGCGAAAGAAGUGUUUGAACCCCGUGGUCCUCUGCUCUCCAAAACCUCUGGGCCAGGCGAACCCCCCUCAUACGCUGGCACACCUCGACCGGUGGAGACACUGGGCCGUGAUCGACGCGUGCCGCAGUUCGUCACGGACAGCUACGGCGUUCCGUUCUUGCGCUAUUCCAAGCCACACGACCCCAGGCUGGAUCGGAUGAAUGGGCAGCGACGGAAAAUGUGGCUUGCAACAAUGGAAAAGUUCAAGGCGUCCACCGACACACUCGUUCCCGAAUUCUCCUUGGAAGAUGUCUGGGAACACCACCUGGCGAACGCGGCGCACAAGGAAGGCCUGGACAUUGCAGACCCCGAGCCGACGACCUGGAUCGAGAGCUCGAGUGCGCAAGGACCGCUAGAAACGACAGACGACUGUGCAGGUUCUCGUUCGACCGGGAGUGCAAAGGACACGUACAUGUGGACUGCUCUAAAGACGUCUUUGUGGUACGAGUACCGGCUAGAGAGGAUCUACGAGGACUUUGUCGCGCGGGCCGAAGCGCUCGUCAAUCUACGAGAGGAGGAACGGCGUCUGGCCGCUCUGGAGAAGGGAGAAGAUGCGACGCCCAGCAGCGAAGCAGCCCAGCAAAGUUUCAAUGAUCAUGACCAGCAAGGUGGCCAAGGUGGCCAGGUCAAGGUCAAGAGCAAGAGUAUAAGGACGUGUGUCGAGGCCGCGCGAGAGGGCGAGGCCAAAUUCGGCCGGUCGACGGGGGCAGAUCGUUUCGACACACCCGCAUGGCGGAACGUCGUCGCGCAGCAUGGUUCAAAGAUGUUGGACCUGCUUAUGCGGCAUAAGCAUCCAGAUGCCAGGUUUUAG